GAUGUUCAAGACCCUGCUGUGAUGAUUGUGCUGUGGUGAUUUAUCCAAGAUUUACAUCAGUGCAAAACCAGCUUUGUGAGGAUGAUAGCCGAGAUUUUAAAGGACUAUCUGAUGAAACUGUUGAUCCUGACGGGGGUCGGAGUGCUCGUCGGGUUCCCAGUAAUGUACAGUCUACACAGAGACGAUGUGCUGAGCUCAUACACGGUCGAUCUCUCAUGCAUCGGUUACGUCAGCAGUGAUUUAUCUGCAGAAAUUGCCUCUUAUCGAGAGACUGUAAGUAACAUUUUUGCGUUAACAUUGACGGGAACUUUUAAAAACACGACCUACCGGGAACUCGCCACCUUCGUUGACAAAUUCGGUAACAGACCUGCCGGAUCAGAAAAUCUGGAGAAUUCUAUUGAUUAUGUUUUAAAAUUGGCCAGAAAUUACGGCCUUGAUAAUGUACAUGGAGAAAACGUUUCGGUACCCCAUUGGGUCAGAGGCAACGAGUCAUGCGUCCUCAUCUCCCCACGUGUGCAGAACCUCACCAUCACUGGCCUGGGGUACAGUGUUGGUACGAACGGGACGCAUCUGGAGGCUGACGUACUUGUCGUCCAGUCCUUCACAGAGUUGCAGAACCGUGCUGAUGAGGCUAAAGGUAAGAUCGUGGUGAUCGCUGAAGACUGGUUGGGCAGCUAUGGGAAGACAGUGGUGUAUCGUAGUCGAGCGGCAGUAGAGGUUGCACGAGUGGGGUUGGCAGCCCUGAUCCGCUCGGUGACACCAUUCUCAAUCUACUCCCCUCACACGGGCAUGAUGAGCUACAGUGACAAUGUCACCAAGAUACCGGCGGCUGCACUGACUGUGGAGGAUGCUCAGAUGCUUCUCCGCAUGAGUAAAAGAGGUGAUCCACUGAGAAUCUCUCUUUACAUGGAGGCUCAGACAUUAGCCAACACAACCUCUCGUAACACAGUGGCCGAACUGCAAGGCACAACCCACCCAGAGAAGGUGGUGGUGGUAUCAGGCCACCUGGACAGUUGGGAUGUGGGCCAGGGAGCUAUGGAUGACGGAGGUGGUGCUUUUAUAUCCUGGGGCGCUCUGGCACUGCUAAAGAGUUUGGGAUUGAAACCUCGUCGCACCAUCAGGGCGGUGCUGUGGACGGCAGAAGAAGUCGGACUCAUUGGAGCUGAAGCGUACAAGAUUGCGCACGCCAAUGAGACCGACAACUUUAUAGCGAUGAUGGAGUCAGAUGAGGGAACAUUCACGCCUUUCGGCCUGGAGUACAUGGGCUCUGACGAGGGAGGAUGUAUCAUCAAAGAGAUACUCAAGCUUAUGGAGCCGAUAAAUGCCACACAGUUCAAGAACAGUUCUGAUGUGGGCUCAGACAUAACAGUGUGGGCGAAUGAGGUUCCUCUACUGAGCAACCUGAACGACAACGGCCGGUACUUCUGGUUCCACCACUCCAAUGGCGACACGAUGACUGUGUUGAGUCCUGACGAUCUUGACAAGAAUACAGCAUUGUGGGCAGCCACUGCCUACAUUCUGGCAGAUAUCAGCGUUGACUUGCCCAAACCUGCAGGAACCAAGACAUGACAUGCCAAAGAAGAUCUAUAUACCUGUAUUAGUCCGUGUUGAUAGUAUUCUUUGUUAUGAAUCUAUUUUUGUACAUAGAGAUUUUGAAAUAUUUAAUUAAAGUGUUUUAUCUUACUA